AUGGGAAGAGAACGAGAACGAAACAGCAACGGGACUGGGCAGAAGACACUGAUAAAUACGACUGCUUAUCCUCUCGGGGAGCCGACAGGGGACGAGCAAAGCGGCCUCGUCGAGCAGAGGGAUUGGCGGGAUGGAUUUGCAAGCUUGGUUGGCGGUGCCUUGGCUGCCCUGGCCCGCCGUUUCUCCAGGCUCAGCACGCUGAGUGGCGCAGGAGACAGUCGCUCGUUGGUGGAGCAGCCUGCCACGAUUGCCCGAAGAGGACUAGCGGCAUGGCUCAGCCCCGGCUACGUGUAUACGAAACACGAGACAUCCGUUCCAGUGGUUUGCGAGCUCUGCACGACCAAGAUGAGACCCUUCUAA